AUGUCUAUGGAUGGGUUAGGUCAGGCCUCGGAUAUGCAACUAGUCAUCAAUGAGGCCAGGAUGCUUGUGUCCCAGCUCUAUGACCCAGCAAAUGCGGGCAAUCCUCCCAAGAUCACGCUUAUCCAAGAGCAAUUACAAGCCCUCCAGAAAAGCCCUCAGGCGUGGUUGAUCGCCAACAGUCUUCUCAGUGAUAAUGGUACAGACUUGAGGUUCUUCGGGGCUCUGACGUUUACCGUCAAAAUCAACCAAGACUGGAAACAGUUAAGUGAGAGCGAGGCGCUGGAGCUAGUUGGUCGCUUGAUCGACCAUUUUGUCUUCUUGGUGAACAGCGGGGAGCAAGCCCUUGUGAUUAGGAAACUUGCUUCAAGUCUGUCAACCAUCUUCCUCAAGCUUAAUUCACCCUGGGUCCGUGCCGUCUGGAAUCUUGCUGCUUCAUUGGCAAACGGCAAGCAUCUAUCCGAAGAACAAUGUCAGUCACUAGAUCUGGGGAACACAAUCCUUCCAGCGAUGUCCGAAACCCAGAUCGUUGCACUUCUCAUGUUUUCCAAUAUCCUUGGAGAAGAAAUUAAUAAAUGCAGCGCGGAAAUCAAAGGAACUGGCGAUAACAAACGAGUAAAUGAGAACAUCGCGGACGCUCUUUGUCUCGUCGAAUUUGUCCUUCGACAUGUUCUGCAGCGGGAGGCAUCUGGUAAUCCUGUCCCCGACGCCACACCGGGAACAGAAGCCAUCAAUUCGUGCAAUUCAUGGCUGUCUAUCCGAGGUGUGAAUCAAGUUCGUGAAAUGAUAUCAGCACCCCAACUGGCUUCGACAGCGAGCCUUGUGAUUGAAAGCUUGAGGGUGGACAAUCUGUCGAAGACGGCUGCUCAGGUUCUGAACGAAUUAAUAGAAACGCGACACUCCGUCUUCGACCAAGAUCAUUUCAACACCAUUCUAGAAUACCUUGUCAGUGAUAUUGGCACCACUUGUGUUUCCUCUAUCAUAGAUGGUGAUUUUGACGACGAAAACAUUACUUUUUUGGAGCUGUUAUUGGCCUAUUCGUCUUUAAAACAAGAAGAGCUGCUCUCAGGACCGUCGGAUUCGCGGCACGAGAAAGUUCUUGCAUUCCUCCACACCAUUUUCAGAGCACCGGGCUUUGCUGUAGUCGACGAUUCGGCAUCACCCCUCGUCCUCGAAUGGUGGACUGCAGCUGCUGAUGACUUACAAAUGAUGACCGAUGAUGCGGAGGGACAACCCAGUCAUAACUUUGCCAAGCAACAUCUGGCUCAAGCGGCCCUCGAAUGCUUUGAGAAGCUAAAAUAUCCGAGCAAAGAGGAGCUGCGCGAGUGGAAUAGCGAAAACCGCAAUGAAUUUAGUGUAUUCCGGCGGGAUGUUUGCGACUUUCUUCUUGCGGUCUAUCCCAUGCUAGGUGUGGAGUUAAUCCAAGUUCUUCAACAACGUGCGACAUCAUCUUUGGCGACUCAGGAUUGGACAACAUUUGAGGCUGCGAUAUUUUGCAUGGCCCAACUCUCCGAAGCUGUCGAUGAAAACCAGCAUGCCGACACAUGCUUGAAUGCGAUUUUCUUCAGCGACGAAUUUGCCCGGCUUUGCAUGGGUGAGGGUAUAGCGAUUCCUGAUACACCUCGCCAGACACUGGUGGACAUGCUGGGGCAAUACAAGUCGUAUUUUGAACGCUCACACGAUUUGCUUCCCAGCGUCUUGACUUUCUUAUUUGCGUCGCUUGAAGUUGGACCAUGUGCGCCGACUGCGUCCAAAUCUAUCUCUUAUCUAUGUAAGUCAUGCCGCCACGCACUUAAGUUUGAACUGCCAGCAUUCGUGAGCCAGUUUGAACAAUUUCAAUUUAAACCCACUGCUACAUCCCUCACGAUGGAGAAGGUCUUGGAGGGAAUUGCGGCCAUUAUACAGACAUUGCAUACAGAGGAAGAAAAAGCGCAACAUCUCGAGAGAAUUUUACGUUUCUUCCGGCAGCAAGCGGAUGUUGCACGAGAAGAAGUCUCCCAUGGACUGCUGGAGCCUGCUACUAGUCGCGGUCAAUUGGUGCUACGCUGUCUCGCGAGUAUUGGCAAGGGUCUUCGAGCUGACGGGGAGAUCGUACUGGACUCCAAUGACGUUAACUCCGGAGACCCUUACGCACCGACGUUCUGGAAUACUAAUAACUCAGCACAGAGCAUGAUCAUGGAAUGCAUGCAGCUCUUGAUGACCGAUUUCCCAUUGGACAUCACCAUGAUUGAAGCGGCCUGUGAUAUUCUGAAGGCCGGUUAUACUGAGAAGACUGGUCCAUAUGUUUUCCCACCGAUACUAACUGUCAACUUCGUUAAAAGUCUCCCGUUGGGUAGCACUGGGGCUGAUGUAGUCAUGGGAACGGCCUCUGCCUUCCUAGCAUCUCAUAGUGCCCAUCCACAGCGCAUUCGGAACGAAGUUGUCGCAUUGAUUGUCCAUCUGUACGAUGCUUUCUGCUGGAUGCAUGAAAGGCCAGAAUCCUAUGAUCCUGAGGUUGCGAACAGUGGAAUUGACUUCCUUACGCGCCUUAUCCCCAAGUACCAUCCUUUCUUGUUUGCACUUACCAUGACGCCGCAAGAGCUGGGGCAAAACGAGGGUGGGCACUCGCAACGGCCACCGAUCCUACAAGCGACUUUGAACUUUACACUCAUUGCUUUGCAAGGACAAGAGCCUCUCCCUCUUCGUUCUGCUGCCCAGUUCUGGAUAAGCGUAUUCAACCUUCCGGGUGGCGUGACUCCCCACACGUCCGAUCCAGUUCAGGCAGCCAUUCGCGACUGUCUCCCAGCGCUCUGCCGUAUUCUCAUGUUGCGAAUUGCCGGUCAAUGUGCGCGGUCUGACCUCGACCAUCUCUCUGAAGUCCUCCGCAAGGUCAUUUUCAAGUUUCAGGGACUAGCUCGCCCACAUAUAAUUGCAACGCUUGACGCUGUGGCAGCUAGCCAAGCUGAACAGCAGAAACCUGUUGUAUCGCCCGAGGAGAGACAACGCUUCCUUGCACAACUCACAGUCGCCAGGAAUGGUAGGGCGCAAGCCAUUCAGGUGGUUCGUGGUUUCUGGGUCAAAUGUCGCGGAGCGGGAUUCGAUUAUGUUGGUUAG